UAUGUUACCAGUUAUAGAAAAAAAAACUAUUUUAAUACUUAACAAAUUUUAAUUGAAGAAGGGUACAUAAGUUGUGUUCUCUUAUUCUUUUGAAACCAUCCCAUAAAUCCCAAAAUUAUUAUCAAAAUGUUCUUAUGUAAAGAUUAAGAUUAACAGGAAGCACAUGCCUGUCUAACAUUCUAAAAUGAUGUCAGGGUUAGUGUUGCAAAUACCAAGAUGGGAGGUGGGAAAUUCAAGGCAAAGUAUUUACUAUUUCUCAAUACUUCGCUAUAAUGGAAAUGUAUGUGCUAGCAAAGAACGUAAUAACUAGCAAGUGAUAUUAUAUUUGUUGUGCUUCAACUAUGGAAUUAUUUUUAAAAGUUUUACGUUGGUGUCCCUCGUCGUUUAGAGGACUAUCGAAACUUGUGACAGAUAUCGUAGAUAAGCUUGUAAGUGUCAUUGAAUAUUUGUAUCCAGAUUUCGAAGGAAAAGCAUUGGAGUUUGAGUAAUUGCAAGAUGUUGGACGAACUGGUGAAAGAUUACUCUGCGUACUUGAAAUUAGAUGUGUUAAAUGGUUUCCAAACAGUUCAAGAUGUGGUUGAUAACAUGUUGACAAGACUUGAAGAGCUAACUAGUGUGCUGCAGAUGGUCAAACUAAAGAAUAGUGAUUGUAGCUCAGCUGUUUCAGAGGAUAUCAGCAAAUACCGCAAUGAAAUUACAGCACUUUCAAAGAAAAUAUCUACACUAUUAAAUGUUAUACAGAAACUUCAAAGUAAUGUGGAACAACUUGAGAAACAAGUGGAAAAAGCAGAAGCUGACUUUGGUAUUAACAAUGACAACAAAAUUAAAAGCUUUUUAAAACCAUUCUUGAAAAGGACUAAAGAAAUUGUUCCACCAAGUAGCCCAUCUCCAACAUAUGAGAAAUUAGUUUUUGAAAGUGUCUUAAAUAGUUUUGAAGAACAGAAACCUUGAGUUAGAUUUAUUUCAGGUAGAUAGGUAAUUAAUAUGUAUUUUUAUACAAUAUUUUGUGCUUAUGAAAAGAUAUUGUACUUAUAUGUAAUCUAAGUAUAGAAAUGUAAUCUCACAGGUUAUCAUGGUGCUUGUAUGAUGUAGAGCGGCUUGUCCUUUCUAUUUGGAGUUUAGGUUAGAAAUUUACUAUGUGUAAAUGGCUAAGAAAAGAGAUCCCACAGAUGACAUUAAUAUAAACAAAACUUCAUUAACCAAAAACUUUAUUGAAUACUAUUCAGAGGAAUGUCUUAUAUCAAUGUAUUUCUGGUAUACAAAGCCAGAAUUUCUACAUUGUAGGAACAUACAUGACACAUUGAAAAACUCUUCAUACUCGAGAUGCCUUAAAUCAACUGAUUAUCUUAAAAUAAGUGAUGAUGACAACAUAAUGAUCAAUGAAAAACUACCCUAAAUAGUACAAACACUAAAUCAAUGGAACAUAAUAGUCUGUUUGUUAACAUUCCUUUUGUACAGAUGUUUAAACCUUAUUAUUAAAAUUUUAUGUUAUUAAAAUAUUGUUAACAUGUAAAAA